GGAACAGGAGGAGGAGGAGAGGAAGAAAAAAAGAGGAGAAGCCACAGAGAAACAACACCCAACAACUAGGAGGGGGGAAGAAAGAAAGCAAAGAAACCCACCCACCCAUCCAAAAAAAAAAAAAAAAAUUCCUGUGGCGUGCAGCCUGGUUCCUGGGAAGACUCGCCAGCACCAGGGGGUGGGGGAGUGCGAGCUGAGAGCUGCUGGAGAGUGAGCAGCCCUAGCAGGGAUGGACAUGAUGCUGUUGGUGCAGGGUGCUUGUUGCUCGAACCAGUGGCUGGCGGCGGUGCUCCUCAGCCUGUGCUGCCUGCUGCCCUCCUGCCUCCCGGCUGGACAGAGUGUGGACUUCCCCUGGGCGGCCGUGGACAACAUGAUGGUCAGAAAAGGGGACACGGCGGUGCUUAGGUGUUAUUUGGAAGAUGGAGCUUCAAAGGGUGCCUGGCUGAACCGGUCAAGUAUUAUUUUUGCGGGAGGUGAUAAGUGGUCAGUGGAUCCUCGUGUUUCAAUUUCAACAUUGAAUAAAAGGGACUACAGCCUCCAGAUACAGAAUGUAGAUGUGACGGAUGAUGGCCCGUACACGUGUUCUGUGCAGACUCAACAUACUCCGAGAACAAUGCAGGUGCAUCUAACUGUGCAAGUUCCUCCGAAGAUAUAUGACAUCUCAAGUGAUAUGACCAUCAAUGAAGGAACCAAUGUCACCCUUACUUGUUUGGCCACUGGGAAACCAGAGCCUUCCAUUUCUUGGCGCCACAUCUCCCCAUCAGCCAAACCAUUUGAAAAUGGACAAUAUUUGGACAUUUAUGGAAUCACCCGGGACCAGGCUGGGGAGUAUGAAUGCAGUGCUGAAAACGAUGUGUCAUUCCCAGAUGUGAGAAAAGUAAAAGUUGUCGUCAACUUUGCUCCUACGAUUCAGGAAAUUAAAUCUGGCACUGUGACCCCUGGACGCAGUGGAUUGAUAAGAUGCGAAGGUGCAGGUGUGCCGCCUCCGGCGUUUGAAUGGUACAAAGGAGAGAAGAAACUCUUCAAUGGCCAACAAGGAAUUAUUAUUCAGAAUUUUAGCACAAGAUCCAUUCUCACUGUUACCAAUGUGACACAGGAGCACUUCGGCAACUAUACUUGUGUGGCUGCCAACAAGCUGGGCACAACCAAUGCGAGCCUGCCUCUUAACCCUCCAAGUACAGCCCAGUAUGGAAUCACCGGGAGCGCGGAGCUUCUUUUCUCCUGCUGGUACCUUGUGUUGACACUGUCCUCUUUCACCAGCAUAUUCUACCUGAAGAAUGCCAUUCUACAAUAAAUUUAAAGACCCAUAAAAGGCUUUUAAGGAUUCUCUGAAAGUGCUGAUGGCUGGAUCCAAUCUGGUACAGUUUGUUAAAAGCAGCGUGGGAUAUAAUCAGCAGUGCUUACAUGGGGAUGAUCGCCUUCUGUAGAAUUGCUCAUUAUGUAAAUACUUUAAUUCUACUCUUUUUUUGAUUAGCUACAUUACCUUGUGAAGCAGUACACAUUGUCCUUUUUUUAAGACGUGAAAGCUCUGAAAUUACUUUUGGAGGAUAUUAAUUGUGAUUUCAUGUUUGUAAUCUACAACUUUUCAAAAGCAUUCAGUCAUGGUCUGCUAGGUUGCAGGCUGUAGUUUACAAAAAACGAAUAUUGCAGUGAAUAUGUGAUUCUUUAAGGCUGCAAUACAAGCAUUCAGUUCCCUGUUUCACUAAGAGUCACUCCACAUUUACAAAGAUGCAUUUUUUUUCUUUUUUGAUAAAAAAGCAAAUAAUAAUGCCUUCAAAUCAUUUCUUCAAAAUAUAACACAUAUCUAGAUUUUCCUGCUCGCAUGAUAUUCAGGUUUCAGGAAUGAGCCUUGUAAUAUAACUGGCUGUGCAGCUCUGCUUCUCUUUCCUGUAAGUUCAGCAUGAGUGUGCCUUCAUAAAAUAUUUUUAUCUGUCUCCAACUAAUAUAAAAUGGUUUGCUAAAUACUACAAUUUGAAAGCAACAAUAAACCACAAUAACAAAGUUAAACGUUAUCUCUAAAGAAGGAAGGCACUAUUGGACUGUAGAAAUCGCUUCCUUCAUUACCAGUGAUGUUUAAGACUUUUCACCCGGUUUUUGUGAUGAAAAACAAUUUAAUAACAUAGUGCAGUAAACGUACCAUAUGAUUUCUUUAGUUGUAGCUAAAUGUCAGAUCGAUCCACUGUGGGAAAUAAUUCCCUUUAAAUGACAGCACAGUCCACUCAAGGGAUUGCCUAGCAAUACAGCUUCUUUCUUGUUCGCUAUUCCAAGCCCAUUUUUCUAAGACAGUUUGCCAGAAAGGACCCAAAGUCCUAUUACCUGAUAUCACACAAGUUGAAAAGCAAUCAAAAUUAGUGGGAUUUUGUGGUAAGUUAAUGUUACACAGACAGUGCUCCUGUGUACGAGAGAACUUUGCAUAUUUUUCUCUGAAAACAUCAUUCAGUUGGUAGUCUGGAAUGCAGGUUAUACUAAAAAAACAAAACAAACAAAAAAAAAAAACCCAAUAUAACAAAUGGUCUAUAUUGAGAUGCAGCAGAUCAAUUGUCAAAGUAUCUAAUUCUUCUUUGUUAGAAUCUUUAAAGAUAUUUCAGUUCAGUCCUCCCCAAAUUAACAUGCUCAGUUUAAUCAUACAUGAGAUAUGUAAGAUGUGACCAAAUGAGGACAAGAUGCAGGUGAGGAGACUAUUUUAGGAUAUGUUAAUUAUUAAAAUAUCACAAGCAUUCAAUUAUUUCUAUUAUAAAGAAUGAAAAUUACCUUUUUGAAGAAAAAUGCUGUUACUCUAAGUAUUAGAUUACAGGAAUAGUUUGAUGGUUUUAUUCUUUCCUAAAGAAAGACCCUAGCCCUGAAAGCUGUUUUGCAGGUUUGAUGAAGUUAUCAAUAUUAGUACACUUACAUUUCUAUAAAAUAGUCCCCUUUUACAAGUCAUAACAAAAUAAAGAUGCUACUAAUAAAAUUAAAGAUCAUAAAUUAUUCAAAAGUUGGAUAUAUUUAAGAUACAUAAUAUUUUGUCCCAGAAGGCAUGACUUGAAAACUGAUUUUUUAAGUAAAAUUUAGACCCAAAAUACACCAUAAAUCUAUUUUAAUUAGAAAAAUGAAUCUUAAAUGAGGAGACAUAAAUACUCAGUCUUCCCACAAAAUGGCAAUAAGAUAACAUGAUGCAGUUAAAUUUACUAGGUGCAAAAAAUUUAUGACAUACUGAAUGAUACAUUAAAUGGGUUUUUUAAACAAAUAUGGCAUUUAAAAUUAUUAUUUAUUUGCUUUUAAAAAUAUCCUUUGUGGAUCUGGUGAGUAAACUACAAAAUAUUUUUUUUUGUAUUGCAGCUUUAAAGUGGCACACUCCAUAAUAAUCUACUUACUAGAAAUAGUGGUGCUACCACAAAAGUGUUAACCAUCUGUACCAUUGUUUGGGAGAAAGAAACAGAUCAAGAAUGCAUAUUAUACAGUGACCAUUUUCCUAGAGUUAAAAAUACCUCCUCUUUGUAAGGUUUGUAGGGUAAAUGUGAGGUAAAUUGAGGUAUAAACUAUGGAUGAACCAAAUAAUUAGUUCAAAGUGUUGUCAUGAUUCGGAAUUUGUGGAGUCUGGUGUUUUUCCCAUAGAAUGUGACAGAAGUACAGUCAUAGCUCAGUAGCCAUAUGUAUUUGCCUUUAUGUUAGAAGAGAUUUUCUCGAGUGACAUUUUUAAUAGAGGAGGUAUUCACUAUGUUUUUCUGUAUCACAGCAGCAUUCCUAGUUCUUAGGCCCCUGGACAGAGUGACAUCAUGAGUAUUUAUGAGUUCAAUAUUGUUCAAAUAAGGCUACAGUAUUUGCUUUUUUGUGUGAAUGUAUUGCAUAUAAUGUUCAAGUAGAUGAUUUUACAUUUAUGGACAUAAGAAAUGUCUGAUUACUCCAUUUUAUCAGUCCUGACUGUACAAGAUUGUUGCAAUUUCAGAAUAGCAGUUUUAUAAAAUUGAUUUAUCUUUUGAUUUAUAACGCUUUUUUACUAUUCAUUUCCACGUUGUAUUUUUCACAAGUUCCAUCCCUGGGACUCCUUUGGUUGACCCUAAUUUGCUUUUCGAAGAGUAAGAUAGGAAAAGAAAGAGCAGUAGAAAAAGGAGAAUAGAGAGAAACGAAAAAGGACAGGAGAGAAAGAAGAAAGGAGUGAAGGAGAGAGGGAAAGAAGGGAGGGAAGGAGGGAGGAAGGGAGGAAGAAAGGAAAAAGAGUAAAACAUAAGGAUAAAGGGAAGGGCAGUACCAGAAUAUUAGGGUAGUUAAUUUGUUCAUUUGCAUUCUUGAUUUAACUGCAAAUGGUGUAAUUCUGUUUUACAAUGAAUGAUCUCAUUUGAAACAUAAGCCCUGUUACGCCAUUAAAUUCCUAUUAUGCAGCAAUUAUAUAAAGAAAAGUACUGCCCAAUUAUAGUAUUGUGUUUUUGACACACUAAAACAUUUGAGAAAGAGAAUCUCAAACGUAGAGCCACUUUUGGGAGGUUAAUUAAGUUUAACUGAAAAAUUAACUCUUCAUCAUAACAUUUAAGCUAUAUCUAGAAAGUAGACUGGAGAACUGAGAAGAUUACUGAGAUAAUUCAGGACGAAAGUAUAUUCAUAAAUAUUCCUAUGUGUAAUUCAGAAAAUUCUGAGAAAUUGAAUUAUCAAAGCCAAUAAUCUAUAUUGAUCAAAGUUAUUGAAUAAUUGUUAAUUUAUCCAUUGUGCUUAGCUUUGUGACACAGCCAAAAGUUAUCUAUUUAAUCUUUUCAAUAAAAUUGUUUUUUGAAAUCCAGAAAUGAUUUAAAAAGAGGUCAGGUUUUUAACUAUUUAUUGAAGUAUGUGGAUGUACAGUAUUUCAAUAGAUAUGAAUAUGAAUAAAUGGUAUGCCUUAAGAUCCUUUGAAUAUGUAUUUACUUUAAAGACUGGAAAAAGCGCUUCCUGUCUUUUAGUAAAACAUCCAUAUUUCAUAAUCUGAUGUAAAAUAUGUUGUACUGUUUCCAAUAGGUGAAU